CAUCUCUGUCAGUGCGCGAUUCACCUACACCUUCCCGGCUGACCCAAAAACACCAGAAUAACUUGACAUAGUAUUCAAAAAAACCCAGUAACAUCACAAUAUCAAAAGAAAGGGACAUUUGUAUAUGAGAUAUCAAUAACGAGUUGCCUCAGCCGGGACUUGUUGGAGAUCUCGCUGGAGGUUUUUCGGACCACCCCGAAGAAAGAAAGAGCAAGGAAAGAGGGGGAGACUUGUUGCUUCAAGCACGGGCUUUUUGGACGGUGCACUUUUGAAAUCUCCGUCGAAGUUCUGCGUGUCUCUCCCUAGUCUGCUCCAGGCUUCAGCUUGGAGAGCCCAACCGCCAAGAUUGAUCCCAGCAGCUGGAGCGGCAGCGAGAGCCCUGCCGAGGACAUGGAGAGGAUGAGCGACUCGGCAGACAAGCCUGUAGACAAUGAUGCGGAAGGGGUGUGGAGUCCAGACAUAGAGCAGAGCUUCCAAGAGGCCCUGGCCAUCUAUCCUCCAUGUGGCCGCAGGAAGAUCAUUCUUUCCGAUGAGGGAAAGAUGUAUGGUCGGAAUGAGCUGAUAGCCAGAUACAUCAAGCUUCGGACUGGAAAGACGAGGACUCGAAAGCAGGUGUCUAGUCACAUACAGGUCUUAGCAAGAAAGAAAGUUCGAGAAAUCCAAGCUGCCAUUAAGGUACGUCUGGCUUUGCCCAGUUGCAGGGGGCUUUUCAUUGCCAUGGUUACAGGCUCUUCCUUUGUUUUCCUCCCCUCCCCUACCCCGCAGGUGUCUAGUCACAUUCAGGUUCUUGCCAGAAGAAAAUCUCGUGAGUUUCAUUCCAAGCUAAAGGUUACGAGUAUGGACCAAGCCGUGAAAGACAAAGCCCUCCAGAGCAUGGCCUCCAUGUCCUCGGCUCAGAUUGUCUCUGCCACGGCUAUUCACAACAAGCUCGGCCUGCCAGGCAUCCCUCGCCCAGCCUUCCCUGGAGCAGGGUUAUGGCAGGGAAUGAUAUCGGCUGGCCAGCCAGGAUCAUCACAAGACAUUAAGCCUUUCACUCAGCAACCCUAUUCUAUCCAGCCAGCAGUCACAACAGCCAUUUCAAGUUAUGAGCCCACAGCAGCUCCAGCACCCACAGCACCAGCAUGGCAAGGCCGCUCCAUCGGUACAUCUAAACUCAGACUGGUGGAGUUCUCCGCCUUCUUAGAGCAACAGAGAGAUCCGGACUCAUACAACAAACACCUGUUCGUGCACAUCGGACAGACGAAUCAUUCCUACAGCGAUUCCUUGCUGGAGUCGGUGGACAUUCGUCAGAUUUAUGAUAAAUUUCCAGAAAAGAAAGGAGGACUCAAGGAGCUGUAUGGAAAAGGCCCCCAGAAUUCCUUCUUCCUUAUAAAGUUUUGGGCUGACUUGAACUGCAAUAUUCAAGAUGAUAGUGGAUCUUUCUAUGGAGUCACCAGUCAGUAUGAGAGUUCAGAGAACAUGACCAUAACAUGUUCAACAAAGGUCUGCUCCUUUGGCAAACAGGUGGUUGAAAAAGUUGAGACUGAAUAUGCACGCUUCGAGAAUGGACGUUUUGUGUACCGGAUAAGCCGGUCUCCAAUGUGCGAAUACAUGAUCAAUUUCAUCCAUAAGCUCAAACAUCUGCCAGAGAAGUACAUGAUGAACAGCGUGCUGGAGAACUUCACCAUCUUAUUGGUGGUGACUAACAGGGACACCCAGGAGACAUUGCUAUGUAUGGCGUGUGUCUUUGAGGUUUCAAACAGCGAGCACGGCGCCCAGCAUCACAUCUACAGACUGGUAAAGGAAUGAAAGUCUCCGGCUCCAUAUACAGUUAAUUUUUUCUCAGACUUACCAACCUCAAAACAAGUGGCAGUGCCUCUACAUGAAAGUCAUGCCUUCAGUGCUAUGUGGUUAUGGUAUCGAGUGAAGCGAGUCAUUAAAGUUCGGGUUUAAUGUAAAUCUAUGUUAUUUGACUGCAGCUGUGAAUUGCGGUACAGUUGUUUAUGUUUUAAUAAGAAGUUUCAUUUGAAUUAUGUUGAGUUGAUCUGCAUUGGGUAUAAAUGUGGCAGUUCUUAAAGACUUAACGAGAAUAAUUUGAUAAAUGGAAAUAUGUGUGUCGUCUUUUUCUGCUUUAUUGUGUAGAUUGAGAAAGAAAACGGAUGCAGAGGCCUGUGGUGGUCUGUGUCGUAUGUUUUUGAGGAUGUUUCGUAUGUCUGUGCUUCAUAAUUUGUGAAAUUACAUACUGUAGAUAUACGGACACACACCCACAGCAAAUAGAUUUCCCAAAGAAUCACAACUAACUAUAUAUACACAGUAGCUGAGAGCAGCAAGUGUUUGUGGGUAUUGUAAGAUUAUUGUCUUUGAGAGAAAAAAAAGAAAAAAAAUCACCUUUCAGUCAUAAUAUUUAUCCCUGUUGAAGCACUCCAGGUCUUAGACACCGAAAUAAAAAAAAAAUGAACGCACUGUGAAAGAAGAAAAAAAAAGCAUUUUACCUGCAUCUGCUCCGUAAAUGUAGAAAGUCAACUGUUAAGUGUUUCUGUGCUGCAAACAAGUAUUUUCUCUGUGACAGCUGACAAGGGAAUUUUGAGGUUCAGACGGGAGAAAGUACAACUAAACUGACACUAAAUCGUGCUCAUCUGGUCCGAGAUCACUUUUUUCCCCACUGCUGAAAACAUGCAGUAGCGAUGCUUAAUUUAGCCCUGUGGCUUUAACUCCACAGUUUAAAGUAUUGUGACACUACAGCUCUGUUUAUACCUGGUUUUAAAAUCUGUCCCGAGUGAUCUGAUCACCGGUGAACAGCUGUGUCUGUUUACACCUGGUGCUGUUAUGUUACUCACAUUUGUCUCCAGUAGCGACUUGUUGCUUUUCCCUUAAAUAUGAUUGCACUAGACAACAACCCCAAAUGUGUCAAAAUUUAAAAAAAAAUGCAUUUAUAUUUGCUCCCAUGGGGGAUCCAAACCCCCACUGCAAAGUUGAUUGCAUGAACUUCUUUUAGCUGAUAUGAAAUAUGAUCAGUCAGCGUCAUACUGUUUGGAGAGCAGUUUCAGAGAUGUAUUACUGACUGAUGUUCAGUUACUCAACAUUUUCAGCGACUGGCGGUUCUGGUCCUCUAGCACAAUUAAUUCUACAGUUUUGGCCAUCAUUGCGCCGGGUCUCUGUCUUUUUGGGAGAUUUUUGUUUGUCCCAUUUCUGAUUAGUAAAGUCUAGAGCUUUUUGCUGCGGUACGUCCCUCUCCCUUUGACCUGAUAACCUCCUGUUUUCACAUGAUGGUCCCGUAAAUGCUUAAUAUAGUUUGCUCGUGUGAUUUGCAGCAACAUUUGUGCUACCUCUAAAAACUUCAUCCUUGCAUCAUGAGCAUGUUGUUGAUAUCAAUGUUCCCGCCUAAAAUAACUUCAUAUCGCCAACAUAAUGCUAAUUUUAGAUCGCUAACUAUCCCAUAACCUGCAUGCCGACAGGGGCUGACUCUCCAUCUGGUGACUCAAAACAAGAGUUGUGAGGCAGCAUUGUGUAACUUCUUAUGCAUGCAACAAACAAAACACUCACUGAUACCCUGACUUUGAGCAGUACGGGUGACUAUCUCUGACGCCAGUAUCAUAACUCCACUCAGGAUGGAUUUUAAUACCAGAUGUAAGUAAACAGGGCCUACAAUUCACUUGCAGAUAGCGUGUAUUCGUCUGUACGCUGUGACAUUGGCUCCUAACAGACUCAGAAUAUCACGCCCCUCUGGGAUCGUGGUGCCUUCAUGCUGACACCGUCUUCACAUGGCCUAUACUGAUCCCAAGCCUUAAACAUUUUAAAGCUGUACGUGAACUCCAAAAUAUGACACUAAAACUGUGAUGUUUGCAGUGUGUAUACAAUACAAUCUGCCAAAGUGUAAGUGAACAGUGCCUUCAAAUACACUCAUUACCCUUUGCUUUGGGUCUAAAAAACCGUUUUGUUACUGAAAGAGAGAAUAUUAAGAAUGUACUCCUUGGUACAUCUUCACAUCUUUAGAAAAUACACUUCAGAAAAUUGGUACACUCCUUGAAAUCCUUUUUUUUUUUUCAUUAAUGUUUCUGAGAAACAGUACACUUAGGCAUUACGUCUGUAAGUUCAGAGAGAUGUCAUUUUUCUCUAACACUGUUGUGACUUUCUAAGAGAAUAUUACAAACGACUGACUGCCUUUCCUGUUACAAAAGACCAAAUAAAUUUGGAGAAUCUCUUGUCAAGUCCUGCCUGGUAGCGAGGAAGUGCCUUUGGUUUCCAAAUUCCAGCUUCAAAAAGAUGAAUCAGAAAUUUUGAAAUUAAACGUUGCUGAACCAAAAACAAGACGCCAGUGAAACCAAUCACCACAUUGCCUUUUUCAAGGACAGAGGACUGACUCGCAGGAGGGGAAACAUGGUUACUGCUUAAAUAAACGGUUAAUGCAUAAACUUGUCUUACAAAAGAGAAAACAAUUUUAAAAUAAUGAUGUAUUUGAAGAAAGUCUAUUUCUUUGCUUGAGGUCAAAGACUUUGACAGACUUUUUCUGAAAUCACUCACCCGCUGACUGCAGGAUGUCGACACAAAAACACCGAAGCUGUCUGCUUCGUGCACACUUGCAGGCUCAAGUGUUUGUGAAAAAGAUUUUGGAAACAUUAGUUAUCUUUUUUUUUUCUUUUUUUAUUCCUGACUAGCGCUUACACGCAGUGAAAACCUCAAGACUGUCAUGAUGUUACUUGUGAUGACGCAACUGUGAUGGUGACAAGGCAGGAACUGACUUGAGCUUUUAUCGUUUAUUAAAACAGCAUGAGAGGUGAUAGUUUAUUUAACAUUUAGUUUUACGGUCAAAACUCUAAAGUCACAUUUAAGACAGAUUUUCUAGUUAAAUCUGAAAUAAAACUUUUCACAAAUUACAUUUCCUUUUUACAGCUGCUACAGUAGUGUGAAGAGAGGGUAUCGAGGCUAAUACUUCCACUGCAAGGAUCGUAAUUAAUCUACAAUUUUACUGUUUCUUACAAAGAUUAUACAUCAUUUGAAAUAUUUUAAUCAAAGAAUUUUUAAAUAACUGCAGGCAAUGCCUCUGGAGGAUGCAGAUAAGAGUUCAAUCAUUCAGUAUUUUUGCCACAGUCCUGUGGACACCGUGGAAUUUAUAUAGGCUUUUUUUAUGUUUACCCUGUGUAUCUGUUCACAUUUAUUGAUGACAUAAUGUAGUGUGAUGUUCCUGUUUUCUUAUUGUACUUGUAUGCUUGGUUUUGUAAUGACAUUGUCUGUAUAUUGCAAGCCCAGUAAGAUGGUAAUGUCACUGCUGCGCUGCUGUUACACUCUGACAUUUUAACGCUCAAACAGCAGGACUGAUGCCUUUGAUGGCGCAAAUGCCUGGUGGACCGUUUUAAGAGUAAAUGGACACACAGGCACAGAAAUAACUAAGUUCAAUCAUGCUACAAACAUAUCAGCAGUUUAUCUCUUGUUUGUAUAUAUUUUUUUCUUUUUCCAGAGUAGGUACUGGUACCUUUCUGUUUUAUGACCAUCUCCGAUGGUGGCUUUAAAGUGAUCCUUGACAUAGCUCACAUAUAGCUGUCAUUCACUCACCUGGGUUUUGUGUGCAGGUGUUUUUCUGUAAAAAGGUGCUUUGUAUAAAAGUAUAUCUUAGCUUUUUCUUGGUACAGAUGUGUGAUAUCUUUUCGUAUCCAUGACAGUAACGUGUUGGAGCGACAGAGAGAAAAGAAGCUGUGCUAUGUUUCUGUGUUUGCAUAUGGUCUUGUCUUUGCUCCAGAUUAUGAUGCCUUCUUGACAACAGUAGAUAUUUUGUAGCUUUCUAAAUACUUUGUAUGUAUGCAAUAUUGAAGUUAAAUAAAUCUGAAAAAUGUUGUCUCCUUC